AUGGGAAGAUGCAGUGCAAGCCUUGUGGCUCUGGUUUUCGUGAUGUUUCUGUGUUCGACGACGACUGUGCUUGCUGAAACCCAUGUCGUGGGUGACUCCAAGGGCUGGGGCUUCUCUGUUUCUUAUGACAGUUGGGCCACUGGAAAGGCUUUCGCGGCUGGUGACACGCUCGUUUUCAAGUACCAGCCAGGCGCGCACAACGCGGUGGCCGUGAGCGCCUCGGAGUACCGGAGCUGCAAGGUGCGCAGGGCCGCUGACGCGGCAGCAACAGCGACCGGAAGCGCGACGCUGAAUCUCAAGAAGGGCGUGAACUACUUCAUCUGCGGCGUCCCCGGCCACUGCGCCGCCGGUAUGAAGCUCCGAGCGGUGGCCAACUGA